AUGGGUGAUAUACCCAAGAGCACACAAAAGAAGACAUCGCGCGUCCUGGCUGCGCUGGAUUCCUCUAUGCUUUCUUCUUCCUCAAGUUCUCAUACCACCCAAAUUCUCGGCAAGCGUAAUUCCGAGUCAGAUACCUUUCCUGUGUCGCCAGUGAGAAGAGUACAAACUCUUCCAGACAUCGGUUCAGUGAUACAUGGACCACACUCCCCAUUUAACAAGCCUGUGCAUGCGAGUAAGAGAAUUGCAGAUAUCUGUUAUUAUCAUCUCACGAGCCGACCGCAGCUGGCGCUUCAUCACAUGCUCAUUACAUCUGGCUUUUCUUUGAGAUACGACGACGAAACUCCAGUCAGUCACAUUGAUCAAGGAGGCCCCGAUCAAGAACAGAGAUUGGCAGAGUUUGUUUAUAACUCUAUUGAAAACCUCGGGGAUAGGCGGUCCGUUAAGGAUGCUAUCCGGAACCUCGGUCUUCAGAGUGACAAGGAUCUCCUUCCCGGUCUUGAAGUACGGCUUUUACCUCACCAGCUCAUUGGCGUCAACUGGAUGGUGGACCAAGAAAGAAAGUCCCCUCACAAGGGUGGUAUCUUAGCAGAUGAAAUGGGUCUCGGCAAGACUGUUCAGAUGAUUGCCACAAUGGCAGCCAAUUUGCCCAAGGACACUGAUGCUGUGAAGACAACCCUUGUCGUCGUUCCCGCUGCGCUCCUUCAACAGGCUAAAAUCGAAACGAAGUCAAAUGACUUAUUUACCGUUCAUAUACAUCACGGACGGGAUAAGCUUUCUACCCUUAUGGACGUCAGAUCUAAAGAUGUACGUCAUGCGAAUCAUCAUAGCUUCGCGAACACGGAGCUUGCUAUUCCAAAAGACAUCGAAGAAGGCGGGGAACUGGCAUAUCUCGAGGAUCACGGAGGGGUACUUGGUCGCAUGAGAUGGUAUCGUGUAAUUUUAGAUGAGGCCCAAUUUAUUCGAAACAGAGGAACGCACGCUAGCCGCAGUGUUGUUCUUCUCCGGUCGACUUAUAGGUGGAUGCUUACAGGCACACCCGUCACGAAUACACUUGCUGACAUAUAUGGGCUUAUUCGCUUUGGACGUUUCCGCCCUUGGAAUGACUGGGAGUCAUUUAAACAAUAUAUUGCGAAGGUACAGCAACAGGAUGCGCCGCUUGCGGCAAUGCGAGCGCAGGAGAUUUUGAAGCCCCUGUUACUACGCCGUACAAAACAAGCUAGAUUGGAAGGAAAGCUCAUUCUUCAGCUGCCCCCGAAAAACAUUGAGCUCGUGACUCUCGAGUUCUCGGCAGACGAGCGGCAGCUAUAUGACGAUUUCGAAAAGAAAAGCCACAUUCAAAUCAAUCGCUUCAUCAGAAAAGGGACGUUGUUGAAGAAGUAUGCACUUGAUUAUUUUUGUGCGAUGAUCCUCCGGCUUCGGCAGCUGUGUUGUCACCCGAACUUAAUCUUAUCUCACACAGAAGAGCAUGAGGACCCUUCCAUACUCAUGUCCGACAACAAGGAAAGGGAGUUUGCGCGAGCAAUCCGAGUCAUGGGUUCGGACUGGGUCGGCGACCUAACAAAUUGCACACUCAGGUUCAUGACACGCGCGCUGGAAAGUAACCUACUCGCCUUCUCUGAUGAGGAGGGCGCAGAUUCAACAUGCCCUGUCUGCAAAGAUAUGUACGCCAACAACGCUGGCCGUGUCCUUGCCUGUGGCCAUGAGAUCUGCUUUGAUUGUAUGCUCAUACUUUCGAGUUCGCCGAUUGCCCACAACGGGGAAUUUGGUCAUGGAAACGAGAAAGAAAAUCUUCGUGCCGAACGCGAGUAUGAAGCAGCAGCUGCAAAAGGUUACCGACCUUGCCCUACGUGUAAGAAGAUGAACGAGCUGAACUCAACGAAGGUGUUCAAGUCUAUUGCAUUCGAGCCAGAGGAGGAUGAAGUCGAGGAGGCAAAUCGCGCUCGUAAGCGUGCUCGUCGGCUUGUUCCUGAGAAACCCAUGCGCCAGGGUCCAGUUUCAGAGUCCUCUGACUCAGAUUCGGAAGUCGAGGUAUCUGCGCCUUUACGUUUCAGGGGUGCGACGCCAGAACUCGACAGCUCCGACGACGAUAUGCCAGAUUUCUCUCGGCUAUUUGCGAACGGAGGAAAAAUGAAGAAGGAGAAGAAGGCUGCGGUGAAUAAACGGUCGCGCCAGCGGCCUGACAAUGUGGGUAUAAGUUUUGUCUUCGUCGGCGCUGGGUUUGAUGAUUGGUGUGUACUACAGGACGAAGUGCUCGAUUUGACUAUGAGUGAUGUGUCGGAUCACCUCGAUGGCUCCGACGUUGAGCUCGGGAGGGGGUAUGCCGUGCGGCCCUCGCAGAAGCACGAUGAUAAUGGAAAGGGGAAAGCACCUAUGAGGGACGACGAAGAGAAACCUGCAUCGCAAAACACCGGUGCCCUAUCCGACGCACUUAUUGCCAUGUGGCGAAAAGGUGAUUGCGACCUGGAACCGAGUACGAAGAUGCUCGCCCUUAUCGAUUUCCUCAAAUCAUGGGACGCGAGCGGGGACAAGACAAUCUGCUAUUCGCAGUGGACCUCGAUGCUUGACCUCAUAGAAACGUUAUUCUCGCGAUAUGGGAUCCGCAGCCUGCGGUACGAUGGUUCCAUGGACCGGAGAUCGCGGGAUCAAGCCCUUGCGACAUUCAAACGAUACGAUGUACCCAAGGUCAUCCUCAUUAGCACGAAGUGUGGUAGUGUAGGCUUGAAUCUGGUCAUGGCAAAUCGGAUCAUCAACUUGGACCUAUCCUGGAAUUAUGCAUCCGAGUCACAAGCGUACGACCGUGUGCAUCGUCUGGGACAGGAGAAAGAUGUUUUUGUCAAGCGACUUGUUGUCAAAAAUACGAUAGAGGAGCGAAUGCUCCGCCUUCAAGAGGUUAAAAGUGACCUUGCGGACGCCGCGCUCGGCGAGGGCACGGGAACGAAGCUACAGAAGAUGAGCGUUAAGGAGAUCAAGACUUUGUUUGGGAUGAAAACCUAA